AUGAGAACCGUGGCUAUAGCUCUCCUACUCAUAACAACACCUGCGUAUGCGCAGGAUGAGUCCUUUGCCAGUUCCUUCUUGUCAGGUCUUCUGGAGUCAUUGGACACACAGGAAGAUGCGAAGAACUGCCCCGGCGUGUGCAUGCACGCGCUGGCCUCCCUCAUGUGCCCCACAGUGCUCGAAGAGGUCGAGUGCCCCAACUCGUCGAUGAAGUGCUGUGUCGAUGAACCACUUGGAAACGACACAAUAACAACAACAACGCGAAGGCCGUUCACAACGCGCUACACGACCACCGAGUCUGACUUCGACGAGGAGACGACCACCAGAACGUCGUACGACAAAUACAAAGACAGUGGUAACAUUGCCUGCCCAGGAGUAUGCGUAGAGUCCCGCCUCACUCAGUACUGUGAGGCGUACCUUACUACCAGCGAGCUCUGUGUCUCUGGGAGGCUGUGCUGCGUGUCCAAGGACGGGUAUGGGGACAAACGCCCCCCUGAUCUGGUCGUGCCUAACGAAAAGAAGCACUCCACUAAGAGACCAACUACUGCAGUAACGACGCCGGCAUCAAAACAAAAGAACAAGAAAUGUAGAGGGGAAUGCAUGACGGGUCUCUAUGUGUACUUAUGCGAGAUAGACGCAGAUGCGUCCUGUCCGGCGGACAGUACCUGUUGCUUGAUCGACUCUUACAACACCGAUACGACUACACGCAGACCGACCACGACACGGCCUACUACUCCAGCCCCUCUACCCAGGUGUCCGGGACAGUGCCUCCACAGCGCGGUGACGUGGCUGUGCGAGCGUCCAGCCGUGCUCGUCUCUAACACUCACUGCAAGUCAUCGGGUUAUGUCUGUUGUGACAGCAGCAGGGUACCACGCACUACUCCCCGCCCGACUACAACGACUACGACCUCGACCACGCCCGCUCCAGUAGACCCUCGACCAGACUGUCCGGGCUCUUGCAUCGUCUCACUACUCUCCUUUACAUGUUUCCGAAACGCAGAAAUGACGGAUGUAUUCAAAUGCAAAAAGGCAGGCACCCAGUGCUGCGCGCCGAAGUCCAAAGUGCAGGAGGUGAUCGGCGUCAACCGCAACGACUCGUUCCCGCUCGCUACCACGCUCACGCACGCGUACCCCGCGCCUAACACGCACCCCUUGCCGCACACGCUGCCCUACACCACGCCCUUACCUCAAUACGAACCCAAUUAUGUAACCACUUUGAGAACUCCUGAGAAAUACAACAAAUACGUCUGCGGCGUAAAAGGCACGACAAGCCGCACGGGCCGCGUGAUGGGCGGCGAGGACGGCGAGCGCGGCGAGUGGUGCUGGCAGGUGGCGCUCAUCAACUCGCUCAACCAGUACCUGUGCGGCGCUGCGCUGAUCGGCACCCAGUGGGUGUUGACUGCGGCUCACUGUGUUACUAACAUCGUCCGCUCUGGUGACGCGAUAUACGUGCGGGUGGGCGACCACGACCUCACGCGCAAGUACGGCUCGCCCGGCGCCCAGACGCUGCGCGUCGCCACCACCUACAUACACCACAACCACAACAGCCAGACCUUGGACAAUGAUAUUGCACUUCUAAAAUUGCAUGGGAAAGCGGAACUUAAAGAGGGCGUGUGCCUCGUGUGCCUGCCGGCGCGGGGGGUGAGCCACGCGGCGGGCAAGCGCUGCACGGUCACCGGGUACGGCUACAUGGGGGAAACCGGUCCCAUACCGUUGCGUGUGCGUGAAGCCGAGCUGCCUAUUGUGAGCGACGCAGAAUGCAUCCGCAAAGUGAACGCCGUGACUGAGAAAAUCUUUAUUUUGCCCGCGAGUUCCUUCUGCGCGGGCGGCGAGGAAGGGAAUGACGCUUGCCAGGGUGACGGAGGUGGUCCUCUCGUGUGUCAAGACGAUGGUUUCUAUGAGUUAGUAGGAUUAGUGUCGUGGGGCUUCGGCUGUGGCAGGCGGGACGUUCCCGGAGUAUACGUGAAGGUGUCCUCAUUCAUUGGAUGGAUUAAUCAAAUUAUAUCUGUUAAUAAUCUA